GUGUGUCCUCUACCUACCAUGCUAAUUUUCGAUAAUACCACCUCCUCCUCCUCAUACUUUCUCCUCACUGCAUUUCCUGGGCUGGAACGUGUUCAUGUCUGGAUCUCCAUUCCUGUCUGCUGUCUCUACACCAUUGCCCUCUUGGGAAAUAGCAUGAUCCUUUUUGUCAUUGUUAUUGAGCGGAGUCUGCACAAACCCAUGUACUAUUUCCUGUCCAUGCUUUCGGUUACUGACCUUUGUCUGACCAUCACAACCCUUCCCACUGUGCUUGGUGUUCUCUGGUUUCAUGCCCGGGAGAUCAGUUUGAAAGCCUGCCUCCUUCAAAUGUUCUUUGUGCAUGCCUUCUCCUGGCUGGAGUCCUCAGUGCUGGCAACCAUGGCGUUUGAUCGCUGCCUGGCUAUCUGUGACCCGCUGAAGUAUGCUACUGUCCUCACAGAUAUGAUGGUCGUGGUAAUUGUACUGGUUGUCUGCAUACGCCAACUACUUUUCUCAAGUUCUAUUAUUGUAGCCUUACAGACUAUAUCUUUUUAUGGGGGUCAAGAGCUUUCCCACCCAUUCUGUUACCACCCAGAUGUCAUCAAAUACACACAUUCCAACCCCUGGAUCAGUAGUUUUUGUGGGAUGUUUAUUCAGCUCUACCUUAAUGGCACUGACUUGCUCUUUAUUCUUUUCUCCUAUGUCCUGAUCCUCCGUACUGUGCUGAGUACUGUGACUCCAAAGAAACAGCAGAAAGCUCUCAGCACUUGUGUCUGUCACAUUUGUGCUGUCAUUGUCUUCUAUGUUCCAAUGAUCAGCCUGUCUUUUGCACACCGUCUCUUCCGCUCCACCCCAAGGGUGCUGUGUAGCACUUUGGCCAAUGUGUAUCUGUUCCUGCUACCUGUCCUGAACCCUAUCAUUUACAGCUUGAAGACCAAGACAAUCCGCCAGGCUGUGUUCCAGCUGCUCUGA